AUGGCCUCCCAACGAUCCCCCGCCAAGGCUCAAGCCAAAAUCAAAACCAAACCCCCACACCCACACCCGUCAUCCCCGAUCGCCUCUACCUCCACCUCCACCUCCACCUCCACCUCGACCUCAAGCCCCUCCUCCCUCCAAAAGUCCAACAUCCCCAUCGCCUCCCCCUCCCGAACGAACGCCAGCGAUGCUCUGUCCCUCCCUCAGUUCCUCAAGCUGCUCUGUUCAUCCCCUCGCAACCCUCUGACCAUGUCCGAAGCCAUCUCGGUCGCCAAGAUACUCGUCCCCGCCAAACUCAACUCCCCUUCCCGCCUGUUGACUCUUACAAAAACCGAGAUGGCACGCUUAGGGAUCGAGGAUGAAGAUCUGAGGAAGAAACUGAGCGAGUUGACCCAUGUGGGCAAGGAGAAGCGGUCCAAGCCGGUCCGGAGAAAGAGAGGCAGCGAUCUCGAUCGACCUUUACCGACCAAGGACGUGCCCAGUGAUGUCGUCGAUACCGAUCUCGACUUUGCAGAGAUACUAUACGAGGAGGUGGGUGACUGGUGGAGUUCGUGUGGACGAUGGCUUGAAGUUCCCAGCUCACACUGCUUUUCGGAACACCGAGCCGCCGACAGGCGCUGCUCAAGAAAUCGUGCAUCACCAACCGAGCACCCGUAAUGACCGCCUGGGCAACCGUGGUAGCCGAAAGGCUCGGAUUCAGACGCCAGGAAGCUUUGUCCAUAGGUGAGUCGUCAGCUCGAGGCGCUUCUCUCGGCGCUCGGUCAUAAUCGAUUCGCUGAAUAUUUUGCUUUCUCACCUCCCUCAUCGCUCAGCUCAAGUCUACACAGACUUGAACGCGACCUCGAAAGGUGUAUCACUGGGCAUUAUGAAAGAUUCAGCACUCGAUCUGCACAUCGGGUCAUCCCAACCCUUUGUCGACAUUAUGGGUCGAAAGGUGGGUCUCGCGCCUUGGGUUUAUGUCGAUCUCAAUGUUCAGCACUGACGCAGACAACUUGCAUGAAUGUGCACUCCCCACUCUCAACAGGUCCCCGUGUUAUCGACGGCAACGGGCGAAUGGAGAGCCAUCACUAAAGGUGUCGUGGCCGAUCCUCAGAAAGCUUAUGCAUACGUCCAGCGCGCGUUUCGGCAGCAGAUGGGAGCGAUCGUCGGUACGUCCACUUUGGGAAAAUGUAGAGCUUCGAGGAGAGCCAUAUCGUAAUUUCGAUGACUUGGUCUUCGCAUACAGGUGCUAUGCGACUCUUGGCCCGAUCCUACGACCCCAUUGAGCUCAAUAGCAAGGUAAGAAGGCCGAAGCGCACCUUCCGCCGGCGUCACUGAUUAGAACGUCGAGUUCAUCUCACAUAGGGAUAUGGUCUCUACAUCGAGUUCCGACCCGAGGUGAAGGAAUGGGGCGAAAGGGCCGAAUUGUUCUGUGCGACUCUACUCGAUCUGCGAUCCCAAGUGGUGGAGCAGGGACGCGCAGUCGACUCCCUGACGCCGAAAGUCGAGGAUGUAUUGCUGAGGCAAAUCAAAUUCGAAGCUGCGGAUGGAACGACGUCGAAUUUGGAUGAUACGAUGGAGCCAGAGGAGGAGGUGAAGCCGGAUGUCACAGCGGGGGCGGCCGAGGAAGGGGACGAGUAUGAUAAGUUAUUGGACGAGGAGGAUGACGUAGACUAUAGCGCCUUGGGUUUGUAGAGAGUGGUAUGGAUCCGAGAAUAUUGAUAUACGAUUUGAUCAUGUUGUUGUUGCUUACCAGAGCGCACGUCGGAAUGAUUUGAUGCGAGCCUUUUAGGUAAUGCAGGCGCGCAGCCAUUGACUUCGAAUUGGCCACCUACCUCCGCUUCUUUGCCCUCCUGUCCAUGGCCAUCACGUUUGCUCUGUGGCAGUAA